AUGUGUCCAUCUCCCAAGACCCCCAAGACCUCCCGAAGCUCCUCUUUAAAAGGACUACCCCCUUUCAUUAUAGGAGGAGCCGUAUUCAACUACCAAUACCACUCCAAUCCCAAUUCACUACCAGUGCAAGAUAUCUUACGCCACGCAUUUGAAUUAGGCUACAAUGCCAUUGACACAUCGCCAUACUACGGACCUUCAGAAGAGAUUUUGGGCCACGCAUUAUCAGAGUUAAACGUACCGCGUGAAUCGUAUUAUGUAUGCACUAAAGCAGGUCGUAUCAAACUCGAUGAAUUUGAUUAUUCACGAGCACUGGUGCGUCAAUCAGUGUUACGGUCCUUGAAACGAUUACAAACGACGUAUUUGGAUUUGGUGUAUAUGCAUGACAUCGAAUUUGUCAGUGCUGAUGAAGUGAUUGACGCAUUGAGGGAGUUACAAAGUUUGCAAAAUGAGGGUGUUGUGAAAAACAUUGGUGUUUCUGGAUAUCCUAUCCUGUUCAUUUACGAGGUCGCCAUGAAAUGGAAACAGCUUGAAGGAACGCCGUUGGAUGCAGUAAUGUCGUAUUGUCAUGGAUGUAUUCAGAAUAACAUCUUGUUUGACUACGACUCUAAAUUGGCAACUGACGCUGGGGUGGACAAGAUUAUGAAUGGCCUGAUCUUAUCCAUGUCAUUAUUACGGUCUGAACCUACACAUGCAUUCCAUCCAGCAUCACCACAAUUGAAGGCAAAAGUGGAUGACUUGGCACAUCAAUUGAAACUGGACAAUGGGGUGGAGUUGGCUGAGUUGGCGACAAAGUACGCAAUCAAUGAAUGGAUCGUUAAGAGAGGGCAAAGUAUUGUGUUGGGGGUUUCCAAUUUACAUGAAUUGAACGUAGCUAUAGAAGCAUAUGAGCAAUUGACAAGGGAUGGGAUGGUUGAAUCAGACGCAAAGUUGAUUGAGCAGUUCCAAGCUGAUUUGGGUGAGCACUUUAAUGAAAGUUGGUCCAGUGGCCAUUUCCCAAACUAA